AUUUAUAUUAAAAUGAUCCGUCCACGUUAUGAAAGCUAAAAAGACCAUCCUUUAUAGACAGAUGUGGCCUGUUUCUUAAUGGUCAUAGAGAUAUAGAGACUCUUAGAUGAAAAUACACAAUUGAAAGUGGAAAUGCAAGAAAUCUUAGCUAGACAACUUGACAGAGCUAAUUAUGAGUAAUAAAUAAAAGAUCUUAUGGAACGUCUUCGUUAACUAUAAGGGUAUAAUGAUUUUAUUAAUUAUAUAGUUUGGUAGCAGAUCUAACAAAGGAAAAUAAAUAGCUUAAAUAACGAUAAGCUGAUUAGGAUGCUGAACUUGCAGAUUUAAAACAAUUUGUAGAAGAUAAUAAUUUAGAAGAGAAAUAAGAAUAAUAGGAAGCGGUUGCCAAAGAAUUAGAUGAUCUUAAAGAUUAAUUAGAAAGAGAUUAAAAAGAUAGGGUAUUAUCAUUAUUCUUAUAUUUAUAGGAUGAUUAAAAGGCUUUUUAUGAAGGAUUAUUAGCUGAUAAAGAUGAUUUAAUUGCUGAACUUAGAAGACAAUUAAAAGAUGCUGAUGAUAAAUUUAAUAAUUAUCGUAGAGAAAAAGAGUAAAUUAUUAAAGAAAAGGAUUAUGAUAUUAAAAAUAAAGAAAGAGAGAUUAAAGAUUUACUUAGAAGAUUAGCUGAAUUUGAAGGAAAGUUAUAAGGUAAAAGACCAGAUGAAAUUCAAAGAGAUAUGGAUAGAUAAAAAAAAGAAUUAGCAGAUAAAGAUAAAGAAAUUGAUAAAUUAAAAAAGAAAUUAGCAGAUUUAGAAGCUUAAUUAGCAUUAUUAAAAUAAUAAUUAUAGGAUUCUAAAGAUAAAGUUAAAGAUGCAUAAGCUUAAAUAACAGAUGCUAAGAAUUAAGCAAAUUAGGCUGCUAAAGAUAAUGAUGCUAAAAAUUAAAGGAGAAUUAGAGAAUUAGAAUAAUUAGUUGAAUAAUUAAAGGCGGAAAUUGAAAGAUUAAAUUCAUUAAUUGAUAAAUUGAAUUAAGAUGUUGCAUCUGCAUUAGAAAGAGAAUAAUUGUUGAAUGAUAAUUUACAAAGUUAAUUUAAUAUUCUAUAUUAGAAUAAUUAAGCGAUAAUGGUUCAGUUUCAGCUGCCAGAUAAAAUAGAUAAGCCAAAUAAGCAGAACAAGCUUAAUAAUAAUUAAGUUAAACCUCUUAAAAAUUAAAAGAUGCUGAAAAAGAUAAUAAUGAACUUAAGAAAAAAUAGAAUGAAUUAGAUAGAUAAUUAGAAGAAGCAAAAAAAUUAAUUAAAUAAUUACAAGAUGAAAUUGCUGCUUUAAAAGAAAAAUUACUAUUAACUUAAACUGAAAAUGAUGAUCUUAGAAAUCAAUUUAAUGAUUUUUAGGAUUAAUUGACUGAAGCUUUGUUAGAUAAAGAUUAUUUAUAAAAGACUCUUAAAGAAUAAGAAGAUGAACUCAAUAGAGUUAAUGAUUAAAUAUAAGAUUUAAACAAUGAAAAAGAAUAAGCUAAAGCUGCUGCUUUGGAUGCACAACAAUAACUAUAAGAUUUGGCAGAUGAAAAAGCAUAGGAAGAAGCAGAUAAAGAAAAAGAUUAAGAUAAAUUAAAUGAUUUAGAAGAUAAAAUAACUGAUCUUGAAGAUUAAAUUGAAGAUUUAGAAAAAACAAGAAAUCGUUUACUAAAUUAAAUUUAAGAUUUAAUAGAUAAAUUACAUGAUGAAAGAGAAUUAGGUGAAUAUUAUCAUAAACUAUGUACUGAUUAAGAAAAUUAAAAUAAAUAAUUAUAAGAUUAAGAAAAGAAAUUAAAGGAUUAAGUCUAAAAGUUAAAUAAUGAAAUUGAAUAGAUGGAAGAAGAUCAUGAGGAAGCUUAAAAACGAUUAGUAGAAUUAACUUAAGAAUAAGAAGCUCUUAAAGAGUUAGCUUCUUCUAAUUAGGAUAAUGUUAUAGAUAAAGAAGCUUAUGAUAAUUUAUUAAAUUAAUUGGAUGAAAAAAAUAAAGAAAUAGAAGAUUUAAAUGAAUUAUUAAGAAGAUAUGAAUAAUAAUUCAAAAUGUUGAGAGCUGAGUUAGCAAGAGUGAAUUUAGCUUAACUAAAAGAAAAGAAAAAUAAAUAAGAUACUGAAGCACUUUUAACUAAGAUUAUGAUUAUGUAAGCUGAAAAUGAACGUCUAUAGUAAGCUGCUAAAUAAUUACAAUCUUAAGUUGCUUCUCCUGAAAUUGUGAAGAGAUCUGAAAGUUAAGGUAAUGAUCCUACAUAAGGAAAGAUUGAAUAAUUAUAAAAGGAAAAUCUUGUACUUGAAGAUUAAGUUAGUGAGUAUGAAAAUAGAAUUGCUUUAUUAACAAUGGAAUUGAAGAGACUAAAGGAUUCUAAGUAUUUAAAUAUCUUUAAUUAAUAGGCCUGAAAUUCUUCCAAUAAAAUCUAAUGGUAGUGAUGAACAAUAACUAUAAUUAUAAGUUCAAUAAUUAUAAUAGCAAGUUCAAUAACUCUAGAAUGUUGGAUUAUUGUAAUCAAAUGGAUAACCUUUAUCUAAGGAAGAUAGAAGAUUAUCUGAUUUGUUAUGCUUAGUGACAAUUAUGGCUGCUGAAAUAGAGAACCUUAGAACUCAUGUUGCCCAGCAUUGAGAUG